AUUUAGAUCACAAUUGGCUCUGUAAUCGUGCUAUUUUGGCAGCAAGAAAUGUUGAUGUGAACGAAAUUAACUUCCAUAUACAACAGAUUUUGCCCGGUGAUUUGAUGUCUUUUAAAUCAAUCGACACAGUUAUUGAUGAAAACGAAAUCGUAAACUUUCCAACUGAAUUUUUGAAUUCUCUGGAUUUGCCAGGAAUGCCACCACACAACCUUCAAUUGAAAAUUGGUUCACCAAUUAUUCUUCUACGUAAUUUAAACCCACCUCAAUUAUGUAACGGUACACGUUUAGUCAUAAAAAAAAUGACCGAAAAUAUUCUUGAAGCAACAAUUUUGUCGGGAAAAUUUAAAGGAGAUAUCGUCCUGUUGCCACGUAUUCCACUGAUAGCGUCGGAAUCUUCAAUACCGUUUAAAAGGCUCCAAUUUCCGAUUUGUUUAGCUUUUGCGAUGACUAUAAAUAAAUCUCAAGGCCAAACAAUGUCUAUUUGCAGUUUGGAUUUGGAAAACACAUGUUUCUCACAUGGACAGCUAUAUGUUGCCUGCUCACGUGUAGGAAAAUCAUCAAAUCUCUUCGUGUUAGCGAAAGACAGGUUAACCAGGAAUGUUGUAUACAAAGUAGUACUUAGAUAAUUUUUAGUUUUAAUAAUUUAAUUUAUUUUUGUAUGUUUUUAAUGUAUAUAGUAUUUUUUGUAAG